CCUAUGUUAGAGGCCUAGUCGUCUGGUGUUGGCUAUUUCAGUUUCUAAAUUACAACAGUAGUCCUAGUCCAAGUUUCAGUAGUUGUAUUUAUUAUAGAUUAAAUUUUGGAAGUGUAUUUCGAAAAAUAUGUAUCAUCUGUUUAUGAGGUUGACCGAUGGAGAGAAGUUGUCAUUGAAUGUAAAUGAAGAUUGGACUGUUGCUGAAUUGAAACAGGCCGUCAUCAAGAAGGCGAUUAGCCUUAGUCAACAAAAUCCUGGGCCUGUUCAACCAGGCCUAGGCCUAGGUGAACAUGGUGCUAUACGAGUAAUAUUUGCAGGGGUAGAGUUGUUGGACUCGUUAACUGUUAAGGACUGUGACAUCCCAGAUGGAAGCAUAAUACAUGUUGUGGUAAAGAGACCAGGUCCCCUAAGCACUGACAAAGACCCUGAACGAGAGUCAGAUACACAUAGUUACUCAUCUCUUUUAACAAGUCUCUCAGAUUUAGAAGUUACAUCAAAGGUCCAUACAAAGACUCAAACUAUAGAACAUUCUUCUUCAAAGAGAAAACCGUGCUUUUACGUAUUCUGUAAAGAGACCUGUGGAGUAGUCACAAGAGGAAAGCUUCGAGUCUGUUGUCGCAAAUGUAAAAUGGGAGCAUUUACCGUCUUGCAGGAUGCUACAUGUUGGGAGGAUGUUCUCACUCCUGGAAAAAUUGCAGGCAGCUGUCAAUCAAAUGGUUGCUCUGGAGACCAGUCAGAAUUCUAUUUCAAGUGUGCAGAACACCAAACCAAAGAAGAUGACCGUGUCCCAGCUUUACACCUUGUAAAAACCAACACAAAAGAUGUACCAUGCUUAGCAUGUGAACAUGUAUUCGACCCUGUCCUCGUCUUCCCUUGUGAGUUGGGCCAUGUGAUCUGUUUAGAGUGCUUCAAACUUUACUGCGAAACCAAACUGAAUGAACGGCAGUUCAUCCAACACAACCAAAUUGGGUAUUCACUUCCUUGUCCAGCUGGCUGUGAGAAUUCCUUGAUUCAGGAAACCCAUCAUUUUAGGAUUCUUGGAAACGAUCAGUACAAUAAAUACCAAUCAUUUGCUACUGAAGAAUGUGUACUGCAGAAUGGUGGCGUACUCUGUCCAGCCCCAGGUUGUGGAACUGCAAUAUUUGCGGAUGAGGAUGCCCAAAGGCUUGAAUGCCUGCAACAUGGAGACAUUGGGUGUGGGUUUGUCUUUUGUCGUACCUGCAAAUUGUCUUACCACGAUGGAGAUUGUACAAACACGCUAACUGAAUUUGCACAUGGAUCGACUGGCUACCAGGUUGACUUGGCCAGGGUUGAAAGGGCAAGAUGGGAUCAAGCUUCCAGAAUGACCAUUCAGAAUACUACAAAACCUUGUCCAAAUUGCAAUUCUCCAGUUGAGAAAAGUGGUGGUUGUAUGCAUAUGCAAUGCCCAAGAGCCACUUGUAAAUUUGAAUGGUGUUGGCUGUGUUGUGUGGCAUGGAACAACGACUGCAUGGCCCUGCAUUGGUUCGGAGAAGACCCUUUCUUUUUAUAAGACUGGCUUCUCAAGUUAGUAAAAGCAUUUCAGUAACCAAGUCUUUAAAUAUCCGUAGUAAAUACAAAAAUCCAUGGCACCUAAUAAUUUGUCUUGAGUGUAAAAUAUGGGUUGCUUAAAUACAGGUACAGGAUAAUAAAAGCUGUAUUGUUGAUCAAUAUAUGUUAGACAUUUGAUGGUAUAAACUGAAGAGUAUAUUGUAUUAUGUUCAGUUGUCAUAUAUGAAAAGUGUUUCUAAAUAUGAAAAUAGACAACAUUUUUUUAUAGUUAUGCAUGUUUUAAUACCAAAGGUAGAUUAUAAUUAGCUCAUAUAAACACCAUUAUCAUAAAUUCACACGAAUAUUUGUAUAAAAACCAGUAUCUGUUUUUGAUCAUGGUCUGAAAAUACAGUCACUGCAACUUAAUUUUUAAAAUUGUUUAUUUGGUGGAGAAAGAAAAAAUACAAUGCAAUAAGUAAGGAGACAUUUAAAAACUUUACAAACGUUAAAAUUGACAUCUUUUCCAAAAAGAUACAGCAGAGGACCAGGGUAACCCAUAAAAGUUGUGUAAUGCUGAUGCACAUUAUAUGCUGCAGAAGAGAGCAUACUUCUGAAAUAUACGUAUAAUAAAUUUUAUAUAUAAAAAAAAAA